AAUUGACUCGGUUCAGCUUUUCCGAGGAAAAAAAUCAGCAAUGGCUUCUUCUCCGUCGUCAGAUCCCACCGAUCCAGAUGCAGAAGCUCUUUUGCAGAACCCUAGUUUAAUCGAGAAGCCGAGCGUAGUAGAGCAAGGAAGUAUUUCCUUGGAGAAUGUCGCUGAAAAAGCCCUAAAUUUAGAAUCAACACAAGACGAAGAAACCCAGAAUCUGCAGGAUCCGGAGGAUUCCGACGGUAGAGAUCAGCAAUUAGAAGCUUCGAUUGAGGAAAGUAGGAACGAAGAGGACGAUAUGGACACGACGCAAGCCGUAAGCUCUUCUUAUUACCGCCGUGGGGGUGGACCGAAGCGGAAGAAAGGGAUUCAGAAGAAACGAAAGCAGCUAGAGAAGUCAAAAGAGAAGCUUGAGGUACUUUUGAAAACUUUGAAGCCCAUUGCUUUCGUUCCAUGUAAAACCCUAGAUUUUGCUCGGCAUGAGAAACUCUUGAAGACGUUAGGUCUGUGGGAUUUUGUGCAUUUGGAGUUUGAUCAAAAUAUCCGUCAGGAUCUAGUGGCGAACCUUGUUGCGUAUUAUAAUUCAGAGGGUCGAUGCAGCUAUGUAAAUGGUGCUAGGAUUAACGUCAGCCGUGCUGAUUUGGCUCGAGCGUUGAAGUUGCCUAAGAAGAAAGACUUUGUUGUUACAGAGGAGGAGAGAGAACUUCUGGAAAACGAUGAAUCUGUUAGGUUUAUUGAUGAGAUUCUUUCAACUUGGGUUCUACUGCAGAGAGAUGAUAUGUGGAUUAUGCCUGUAGAGAUUGUUGAAUGGACAAGGGAUAUAAAGCAAAAGCAUUUGGAAAAGUUAGACUGGCCUAAAUUGCUCUGGUUCAUGGUUGAGAAAGAACUGAAAGCGGAGCCUUUGCUUGGUGAUUGUUUUUUUGCUUCUCAUUUGCAGCUGUUGAUCAAAACACAGAAAGAAGAUUUACUAAAGGAAAAAUGUAAAGCGGAUAAUGAGGGGGAUGAUGAUGAUGAUGACGACGAUGUAAAGGAGGUUGAUUUUAUGGUAAAAUCUCCGAAAGAAGAUUGUUUGGAGGUUAAGGAAGAAGAUGUUGGUGCUGCAGAUUCAGGAAAGGAUGAUGGUGCCAUCGACUCGAAAGAAGACAAGUAUGUGGAAGAACAUAUGAUCGAAUUGAAUCUCGGGCAAGAGACUGUGUCAGAAAUGGUCUCUGGGGAAGAGCGAGGUCCUGUUGAGGGACAGCCAAUGGAUGUUGAGGAAAAUAAGAAAGAAGAGGAUGAAAGGUGGGCAUGGAAUGAAGACACUCAUGCUGGUUCUCAUUUCCUUCGCCGUUGCAAUCUUAGUAGUGCUAGGGAGGAAGACGAAGAUAAUCAUAUUGAAGGGUCCAUGGAAAUGGGAGAAGAUGAACCAAUUGAAGAUGUCGGGGAAGAGGAUGAGGAAGAUACAGAAAAGCAUGAAGAGGGGUUUCCUUUUUUUCCAAAUGGCGAUUCCCUUCAGGGAGUUGGCCAAGAGAAUCUCAUGUUGGGAGAUGCAUCUCCGUUAGGUUAUAACUCUGGGUUACAAAUUCAUGGCAAUUCAAUUGGUGGUGAUUUCCUUGCUUCUAGGGUUGACAUGCAUAUGACUAUGGGUUCAGGUAGUUCUUCUCUGUUUGGGAAUGGCAAUAACAAGAGGGAGAUUGAACACGAGAAUCAUAUUUCUUAUAAUUCUCAUAACCCCAGCAAUAAGAGGUUGAGGACCGAAGAACCUUCUUGGGAUGAAAAACCACCCCCAGUUGACAUGUGUUUGGAUCAGAUGGUGUACUGGAUUGAAAAAACUAGACUAUCAAAUGCUGAAAAAGACCGAGAGCGUGAACAAUCUGUUAUGAACCAGCAGUAUCUGAUGAGCGAACUACAAAGCAAGGCAGCAAUGAUUCAGGAAUUGGAAAGAACCAAGUUUGAGGAGCAACAGAGAAAAGAUAUGAUGAUCUAUAAGCUUGAGAGUGAGCUUCGCAUGAUGACAAGUGUAGUAGAGGGUUAUAGGAAGGCUUUGAAAGAAACACAAAAGGCAUCAAGAGAGCACAGAAAACGUUGCCCUUUGCGUGAUGAGAAACCGGUCUACAAGGAUGUCAAAGGUUCUGGAGGUUUAGUCCUGUGCACUACUGAAAUUGAAAAGCUGAGAUUGAAGCAAGAAGAGGAAGACAGAAUGACACGAACUCUAGUAGAAAGACAGAUUGAGGACUUUGAAAGUCGGUGGCUUAAUAAAUUUGAAGAACACAUGGAGACAGUAGAAUUGCUAAACGAGAGACUCAUCGAGAAUGAAAAUGAAGUGAAGAUAUUGAGAGAAACACUUUCGGAAAGCAAGAAUCAUGAGACAUCUGAAGUUGCUGCUGCUACAGAAGAAGUUGCUGCUGCUACAGAAGAAGCUGCUACAGAAGAAACUUGAGAUGCUCUAAAGGUUUCUGCAGAUCGGUGAAGGUUAUGAAGGUCAUUUGAACAAGCAUCAAUUUAGCAUCCUCAUUUUGUAUGAUAGACAAAUGAUGAUCGAAUCGAAUCUCUUCUUUUUAUCUCUUUCUAGGAAAUGUAACCAACGGUUGUGAUGUGAUCAAUGCCAAGUCUUAAUUAGCACUAAACAUUUAAUCAUCUC